AUGGAAGACGAAGUAAAUCCUUUAGACGGAAAAGGAGGCUGGAAUAAUUCAGAAAAUCAAAAAAUCUUUUAUGGAGUUUGGAAUUAUAUAAAAAAGAGUCAUAUUAAUAUAAUAGAAUAUGAGAUGAAUUUUGUUUUGAGUUAUGAGAAGUUGUUAGCUUCAGAGAAUAGUGUAAAUAGUUUUUAUGAAGGAAACAUCCGUCUUUUAUUCCAAGAAAUGAGUGUAACUAAUAAAGAAUACAGAAUAGAGGUUCUAACUUGAAUUUUAUUUUGAUUUUCACCUAUCAAAAAAGGGAUAGGAAGGGUGUAAAUAGGAAAGGGUAGUA